AUGUGGAAUAAGAACUUGGCUAGAGCAAACUGGGAACUGGGUGACACCUGCACAGGUAUGGAAGACCUCAGCGCGACCUGGGAGCGAGAGUUGCUGGAACGAUUCUCUUGCCUGACUGCCGCCUCAGACGAAGAGAUCCAUCCACUGGAUAUUACUUCUGAAAGCAGCGACAACAGAACGGGUUUAUUACAUUUAAGUGAUGAGGUUCUGCUUUUUAUAUUGAGGAACUUGGAUCCAAUGUCGCUGCUAAGGCUCGGCAGUACUUGCAGUUUGCUUUUCCGAGUUUGUUCCUGCAACUCUCUGUGGACGCAAUACUUUCAGGAUUCGUUUGGGGUCGGUCUGUCAUAUACCCAUGCCAGGUGUCCCGUGACGGCCAAAACCGCCUUCCGCUUGGUUUUUAUGUGGAGGUCCCUCUUCCGAAACAUCUACUGUAACCGAACACUUCAGGAGAAGCUCUUUGUGGAUAUCCCACUUGCACCGCACAAGUACUGGAUCCAGUGGCUUGUGCUGGAGGAGAGCGUUCCCUUGCCCUCAGUGCGACUUCCAUGCUGUGAUGUGGAGAAAUUAUGGGGUGUCACCAGAGAUUUGUUACUGCACAAACUCCAAGAGAAAACUGAAGAUUGUGACACCAAGUUUGAAUGGAGGGAACUGUAUCAACUUGCCUUGGAGCACCAUGGUAGCCUCUCGAUGGUAUUCCAACAUGUUCUCAGCAAACACCAGAACAAUGACCAUGCAGAGUUGGAGUCCAUGUACCACCAAUACGUCCAGUGCAGGUUUCAAUGGCUCUUCACCUACUGGCUGUUUCGUCAGCCGGCUCCAUACAACAAACAUUUGCGAUCCAUUUUCCUUCACUGGAAGAAGCACAGCAAGAGAAAGGUGGCCACCUGGGGCGAAACCCUGUGUGAUGUGUGGUACCUAGCAUCCCUACACCCCAUCACCAAAGACUACUGGAGAGGCAGAUUGGCCCGGGGAGAUGAGAGUGUGGGGAUUCAGACGGUUGGAAACUACUUCACCAUGUGUAAGUCUCUGGUGUCCUGGGUCUUGGGCCGUGACUGGGGCCGACUGAAGCGAAGAAAGGUUUAUGAAGACACACUGGAUGGUGUCUAUCUUCUGCUGAAACGAGAGAUGCAGGAGACGCUCAUUGAGCACGAACGCUUCUGGCAGGUGGCCAAAGUACAGAUGACCCGCGUCUGCACACUGGAGGAUACGGCUUCAAAUUAUGUCAACUGGAAAAUGAUUGAGACACUCCCCUACUACAAGCUUUAUCUGGUGUCUGGCAAUGCCGUGUACCUGGAUCAUGUGCAAGGUUUCUUGCGUAGGAAGAUUCUCAUCCGUGAUUGGAUUUACCUUGAGGAAAACACCUGGGCCAGACAAUUGCUCCCUGAUCAGCUCUAUACACUGCUGGAGUUUGACACCAAAAUUUCGCAAGCGAGUUUACACGGGGACUCGGUGACCGCUCAGCUUAGUCGACUCAUGUGGCUGUACCUGAACUCUGGUCAGGAGCUCUAUCUGGAGGCGGUGAAGGGAAUGAUUCUACAGUGUGCUCAGGCCAGUCUGAACCAUCUCUCCGGUCUUCACACUACCAGCCUGAGAACUGCAUGCGGCUUAGGCUUGUUUCACUGA